UUCCUCACUUCGGCUCACUCUUCCCACAGCCCGUGCAAUCUCCGCCGACAAACCCUCCUCCCAGAAGCUCCAGUCCUCCAGUCCCCUCUAAAGGAGCAGCCAUGCGCGGCAGCUUCGCUUCUUUCAUCCUUAGACGCCGCCUGUCCACUACCGCCGCCCUCAACGCUCCUCCUCCUUCGACUUCCGUCAUUGACACCUCUCCUGCUCCCUCCAAACCCAUAUCCCACCUUAAAUAUGCUCUACUCUCGGAAUCUGACCCCGAGAAGAUAGUUGACCUCCUCCAGUCCUCCACUAACCUCCCUCGUUUCCAUUCUAGUCGCCCACUCUACGACAUAUCCAUCAAAAAGCUCUACCGCUGCCGCCGCCUCGAUCUUGUCGAGCGCCUUCUCGAAUCUCAGAAAGCCUACCCCGCGGCACCUAAAUCCGAGGGCUUUUUCAUCCGCAUAAUGUUACUUUACACCAACGCUUCCAUGCCUGACCUUGCCUUUCGAACCUUUGAGCAAAUCCCCGGCACAGUACGCACGGAGAAGUCUCUCUGCGCUCUUCUCACAGCCUUCCUCAAGCAACGUCGCUUUGACCAAGUUCGCGAUCUCUUCAAUCGCAUUCCCGGUGAGUUUUGCAUUUUCCCUGGCGUGGCCGCGCAUAAUAUUUAUAUUUCCGCUUUGAGUGAUUCUGGUGAAAUGGAUGACGCCCGCAAGGUGCUCGAUGAAUUACCAAAGAAAGGAUUACAGCCUGAUGUCAUUUCUUACAACGUGGUCUUGAGUGGUUAUUUGAAAAAAGAAGAUGGGGUUGGGUUUGUGGAUACAUUUAAGGAGAUGAACAGCAAAGGCAUUGCUCCUAAUGUAGUCACGUACAAUUUGAGGAUGUUGAAUUUUUGCAAGAGGUUGGAGAGCUUCAAGGCUGAAGAGCUACUUGAGGUGAUGAUUUCAAAAGGAAUUCGACCAUAUGUUUUAUCCUUUAAUAUAAUAAUUGAUGGGUUUUGCAAAGAAGGAAAUUUGGAAUCUGCAACUAGGGUUUUUAAGAGAAUGAAAUCUAUGAAACGAGCCAAAGGGGAGAGAGGUUUUUUACCCAAUGCUGAUACUUAUGUUAUGCUUAUUCGUGGCUUGGUGGAUAGCGGAGACUUUACUUCAGCAGAGGAGAUAUGCAGGGAAAGCUUAAUUAGAAAGUAUGUCCCUCCAUUUGAAACCUUAAAAGCUCUCAUCAACGGAUUGGUGAAGGAUUCUAAGGUUAUUGAGGCCAAAUAUCUCUUUGAUAAGAUGCGGAAGGCUGUUAAAGGCUCUGCUGUGAAUUCCUGGACAAAGCUUGAAGCUGAAUGGAAAGAGAAUUAUUUUGGCAGCUCAGACAUUGUCAUUUAAAGGUAGAAGAUGUGACUUUUUGCUCAGAUGAAAAUUACCAUAGUUGAUAGUUUUUGAUUGAUAUUCACUAGCAUUGUUAUUUUUGUUCCAUUGCCUAGCCAACAGUAUGGUGUUCACUUAGGAAGCUAAUGCAUCCUUUUUUUAUGAAGACGGCUUGGAUAUGUUCAUUAU